AUGCAGGUCCACCCGCCUAUGCAAACUCCUUCAAUGUACCCAAAUAUUUUCGGUGCUUCGCAUUGGAAUUUUUAUCCUCCUAUAGACAUUAACCGCUUCAAACUCAAACCGAGAGAAGAAAAAACUCCGGAAACAGCAUUCGAGUUUUGGAAAGAUAAAGAACUGCUGUACUACAUGGAAAUGUAUCCAGAGAUGUUAUGUGGAGAUGUAUUACAAAUGAUGGAUAUCAUUUGGAAAAAUAUGCCUGAAGAAGAGAAGUCGCCAUACUACAAAAAGGUUCAAAUGAGUCAAUCGCAUUACGUCAACAAUGAAACAUCACCUCUUCGGAAGCCAAAGACUGAAUUGGAAGAAAACAAUGAACAGAAAUCAUCAGCGGUAGGUGAUCUGCAGCAAGUCUUGUCACCGGAAAUCAAGCGUGAAGAAGUCUCACCAGAACCAACAGAACCGAAAAGAAAGCGGUCUUCAAACGGAUUCAUUUAUUUCAUGUCAGAGCAAAGAAAAAUUGAGAAGGCGAAAGGACGAUCAACCGAAGCGACUUCAUUCAGUGGCUAUUGCUCGAACCUGUGGAAGACAAUGUCCGACGAACAAAAGAAAGAGUAUUCUGAGAAGGCUAAACCAGCUGAUGCGGAUCGCGCCAAGAAGCCUCCGAAUUCGUUCAUUUUGUUUGUGAACAAAAUGCGUCAAGAGCACAUCAAAGAGCACGGGUAUAUCAAGGAUAACCUACAGUUUAGUAAGGACAUGGGCAGAGUGUGGACCUCUAUGCCAGCCGAAAACAAGAAAGUUUACAACGAAGAAGCUAGACGAUUGCUGGCUGAGUUUAUGCAGAAAAAUCCGGAUAUCCUCAAGAAAAACAAAACAGGUGCUGGAAGUUCCAAUAAGUGUCCAAAGGCCUGUUCGAAGCGGCGAGCAAUCGCGGAGGAUCAGGAUUAUCAACACGCCAAAAAAAUGAACAUUCGAAUGGAAACGGACUACGUUAUCUACGGCCAAAACGAGGUGCCAGAAUUAAUCUUCAAUUUGUAA